AUGAACACGGAUGUAGAUGUUUUAAUUGCUGGUGGUGGCAUUGGUGGGCUUGUAACGGCACUUUGUUUACACAAAGCAGGUUUUAGCGUUCAGAUUUAUGAAGCAUCACUAACUCUCAAAUCGCUGGGAGUUGGCAUUAGUAUUCAGCCACACGGUAUUAAAUUUCUUUAUGAACUUGGUUUAGCUGAAGAUUUAGAUAAAUUGGGUAUACGCGCAAGAGCUACACAAUACUAUUCAAGAAAUGGACAAUUCAUUUAUGAAGAGCUCCGGGGUCUGGAAGCUGGAUAUAAUUGGCCUCAAUAUUUUGUUCAUCGUGGUGACCUGCAACUGUUACUCUGGAAACAUGUACUAGAAAAAGUCGGAAAAUCAAGUGUUGUACUAGGACACAAACUUAUUGGUUUUGAAUCUUUUGCAGAACAUAUUGAAGUGAAGUUUCUAGAUCGGAGCAGUAAUGAAAUAGUAAAAAAGAGUGCAAAAUUACUGAUUGGAGCUGAUGGUAUAAAUUCAACCGUACGGACUAUUUUAUACCCAGAUGAAGGUCCACCUGUUUGGAGUGGUGUUGCAAUGUGGCGGGGAGUUCAACGCGUAGAUAAACUGUUUUUAGAUGGACGAACAAUGUUACUGAUGGGUAAUCCAAAUCGACGAAAAAUGGUUGUUUAUCCAAUUAAUGCAAAUUCAAUUUGUUGGCUUUGCAAUGUUCGUCUAGAUGGACCGGGCGCAAAAUUACAUAAAACUGCAGAUUGGAAUACUAUUGGACGAGUUGAGGAUAUAUUACCACUAUUUGAAGAAAUGAAAAUUGAUUUUUUAGACAUAUCUAAUAUGAUUAGAACAACGGAGAAAGUAUGGGAAUUUCCAAUGACAGACCGAGAUCCACUUCCUAAGUGGACACACAAUCGUGUUACUUUACUUGGAGACGCUGCACAUCCUAUGUAUCCUAUUGGAGCAAACGGUGCUGCACAAGCUAUAUUAGAUGCACAAGCUUUAGUUCAAUGUUUUCAAAGGUACGGUCCAACAGUAGAAGCGCUCGAAGAGUACGAUAAUAUUCGCCGUACUGCAGCUACUGCUGUAGUUACUUCAAAUCGUCAAGGAGGACCCCAGCAAGUUUUGAGAAUUGUCGAUGAACAUUCACCAAAUGGUUUUAAAGACAUACGUGAUAUAAUUUCAAAAGAAGAAACGGACGCAACAUUUAACGAGUAUAACCGUUUAGCGGGCUUUGAUCCAAAUUUACUGAACAACGAGCCCAAUGUAUUUCCUAACGAUGAAACAGGAAAGAAUACACUUGCGAAUGACAAGCAAAAAGAAUCAUAA